AUGAUGAUGAAUGUUUCCUCUUCCACUUUACCCCCAACCACCACAGAAGUAGUAACAACCUCCAACACACAUACUGCCACUGACUGUUGCCCUUGCUGCAACGGCUUUUACAGCAAACGAUUCUACUCCAACCUUUCAGGAGGCGAUAAUUUAGAUUUAUCCAGUUAUGUGUUCCCACCUGUGAAAGCCAAAACCACGAACAGUACCACUUCAGAGGAUGCGGAGCCACACAACGAAGAUUCACCUCACCGUGAUGAGGAUUUUGAUCAAACUUCGGAAAUUCAUUACACCUUAGAUUUGUCAUGUGAGGAUGAUGAAGAUCAAACGCCAUUCGAAUUGUUACCAACUCAAUCAACCACACAACCAGAAGCCAGUUCCCUCGUCCCAUACACCGAUUCCUCCCAGUCUAACAACAGCAACAACACCGCUUCUGAAGACGUGAUCUCUCCGUCCUUGGCCACUUCUUCAAACACUCUUCCAUCCUUGAUUCCUUCUUUUACCUCUCCUUGUCCUCGAUAUGUUUUCAAGUUUUUAUUUGUAGCAUCCAUGAUCUUUGCUUUUAACUUGAUAUUUCAGAACACCCUUUUAACUUUCUCCAUAACGAGCUUUUCUCUGCUCACAGUUGGAUUUUCUGAAUACUCAACGAAACGAUUUUGUAAAUUACAUCAAGCCAACGCAGUCCUGAUAGAAUCCAUUGCUCAGAGAGAUGCUCAAAUUGCUCUCAUUUCUCAUGAAUUACGAACGGCGUGUAUGGCUAGCUUGGGGAGCAUUGAAUUAAUCAAGGACACUUUUGAACAACGAUCUCAAGGACUUAAAGUCGACCAAAAGGAGCUGAUGGAACAAAUCGACACCUCAAACACAAUUAUUGUGUCAGUGCUACAUGAUUUGCUAGCCAACAACAGGUCCGAUUCUCCAUCGAUACCGCUUCAAAAUAAACAUUUGAUUAAAUGA